AUGAAUAAUUUCUCUCCGCUCGAGAUUCCUCCCCUUUCGGAUUUCCCAUCGAAGGCGGAGGACCUCGAACACCCACCUCCACCUUUACCUCUUUACGAUUUGACCCGUCUUCCUAAUCCGCCUGGUGACUGGGAACAUUUCAAUGUCAAGUUUAGAGCUGUUGCAUCGGGUCAUAGUCGUUCCUUGAAGCUCCCACAGGUGCAAGUGUUGAUGAAGCAUUACUUCUGGGGAGUGCAUUAUGAUGAACCAACUAGGACCACCAUGACAACGAGAAAGAAGCCAAAUCUCAAAACUCAACAGACACUUCUGUUCAAACUGAUAUACUACAUGCAAGAACGCCAUCGGCCGAAGACUUGGUUAGAUAUGCUCAAUGUUAACCGAGAUACUGGACCACGACUCUUGCGAUACGACCUCAAUCCACGCCCAAAGCCACUCAGUAGGUGGUACAAUACUCCUCCGGAUGUGAGCACACGUAUCUUGAAUGCAUAUAUACGUCCUCAUGACGCGCCACCAGACAUGCCCGACUACCUUAUUCAACAAUAUAUGUACUCAGUUGACAGCUUGCACACACCACCCCCACCUCCACCACCUCCGGCGCCUACACUCACCGAGCAACAAGAGGAAAUCCUCCAUAUACAUCUGUUGCAUCACAUGAACCCAGGAGUCCAAUUUGCACCGGCUUUUUCAUUGACCGACCCGCCAGGCAAGAAGAUAACAGGCCCUGCACCAGGCCAAAAACGGGAUUCAGACGGAGACAGGCUACCCCAUCGCAAGCGCUCGAGACAAAUUUCACCCGGUGCCCCUGCUUACCGAGGUCGCCCUCGUUCCCCAACUCCACCGUUUCAAGAGCCCGUCUUUGCUGCUGAUGAUAUCACAACUUUCACCUGGACGCCUGGUCUGGCACCGUCCCAUACAGUGGCUCCCAUUGGAAGGCACCAAUUGAGCCCCCUUGUCCCGAAACCUUUAGGUCCAAUUGACGCUCGAGAGAUUACGGACGCUGUGGAACGAGCUGUGAUGCAGAUCGCGUAUGCUGAUUUAGACCGCGAUCCCACCAUUCCGUCUAUUGAAAAGCCUAUUCGCCACCGGACCGCCCAGUCUUACAAGGAUAUUCUCUCGCUAAAACUUGGAUCAUUCCCCACCACGGCAAAUGUAAAGUUGUCGCCAUUGACCUUUGAUUGGGAUCCAAAUGGCCCUGUAUUUCCGGUUCGGGGCCGCGGCCCUAUCUGGGAUUCAAUGUCUUGUGCAACAGAUGCUGUUAUUGUGGCGGCAAUGCUACUCGAUGCUGGUUGCACCAAGAUAGAUCGUGCAAACAAUCGAGCAGCGGAGUUCAAAGAUAUCGAAAAAGCAUUCAUCGAAGUGACAAUGGCGAGCUGGGAGACCUUCGACGAUAGGACUUCUAUAUUUGUGCGUGAUGAGUGGCUCCGUAUGUUUAUCGAUGGCUCAAGCGGCUUGAAAAUGGGACAACCGAUUCCUCCUUGGGCGGUUUGGUCGGUGGCCACGAGAAGCUUCGCUCAAUUCCGCUAUUUCCAUGUUGAGCGAGUGACUCCUUGCAAAUGCCAGUACGCGCUUCCAUUCUACAACUCCCAUCAAGGAUCGUGCAUUUUACCUGGCUACCUACCGGGCGAUGAAAACGGUGUAGAUCUACAAGUGUUGAUCGAGCGAUGUUUCUACCCACGAAAGUCUUUCAAGUGCGAUAAGUGUGGUGACCCGACGGGAGUCACUGGAGAACGAAAGAUCGGUCAACUCCCGCUGCGUCUGGUGGUAACCUCUGAUCUCAAGACUCGAAUCCGAAAUCACACGGAGAAUCUCAAAUUCAAUUACAUAGACUAUGAGGACAAGCAACAGGUCGCACACUAUCGUUGGCUUGGCGGCAUCUAUAACAACGAGUCCCAUGCUCGUUUGUUUUGGACGGAUACGAUACGAGGCGAGAAAGAUGAUGGGAAUAUCAUGAUGUACGACAGCCAAGUCAAUUCCGCGGUGAUCGUCGGUGGAAUCCCAGCGUUUCAACGUGAAGAAAAAGUACCCACUGAAUGGGUCAGCCAUCACGCUAUUCCGCUCCUUUUCUAUGAACGAAUCAUGAAUCCCACCAACGAACUUUUGGCCAAGGCCACCAACGCGAUGCUUGAGUUGGGUAAUUGCCUAAGCGAGAACAAGAACGUUCUCGAAGAACAUAUCCCUUGGGAGCGAUCAACUCCUCCAUUGCAGCGCGAGUCAUGGCCUCGUAUACUUUCACACAAUGGUGAACGAUUCAGCAAUUUCAACCCCGGAUGGGCAACAGCGCGAACAUCCCCCAACCCAGCCGCUGCACAGACUGCUACACCCCCUCUGGCACCUAUGCACAUUGACCCGGCGCUUCUUGAUCCAUUGGUCAUUGACCCAUCGCUCCUUGAUCCAUCACUUUACUCGACCCACACACCUCCGGAAUUUGACUUGACCUCAUUCUUUGAUGUGAAUGGACUUGGUGACCCAUCGGGUAGUGACCAAGACCCAACUGAGAAUACAAACAAGAAUCAUCUGUUCAGGUCGAUGAUGGAGAGUCCACGCUGGCUCCCUCCAAAUCCUGAUAUGUGGCCUUCGGGUUUACCCAGCGAGGAAGGAGCUCUGGACUUCCCCGAGCUACCUAUGUCACCCCAGUCGCCCGAACUGGGCAAUCGCCGGGGCAAGGGCACUGAGUGGUCAGAUAUUACCAUGCCAGAUGCAGAGACUAUUCCUGAGCUUCGAAGCCGACUCUUCCGCAAUAGGCAUGGUAAUGGACUGAAGAGGUCAGCGAUGCAAAACUACGCUCUUUCGAAGCAGGCCCUAAAUCCAAGAGAGAAGCAGGCCCUGCGUACAGAGAAGGCGCAUGGAUUCAACUCAAGGAUGAGAUUUAGUGAUCUAGAUGAGAACAAUGAGGAAGGGGAGAAAGAGGACGAAAUUAACCGAAAGAAUGCCGAGAUGCAAAGGAAACAGGACCUAUUUGAACGGAAAAGGGGAGAGGAACGGAAAAAGCAAGAGGAACUUGAGAAGAAGAAGAGAAAAGAGGAGCGGAAGAAGCAAAAAGAACUCGAAAAGAAGAAAGAGGAAGAAGAUAAGAGUGAAAAGGUGGUACAGAAGAAAGACCCGAAACGGACGAGAGAGGAAUAUUAUAAACAGCGAACACAAAAGGAUGAACAGAUGAAACAACAAGAGGCGAAGCCGAGGGUAUCAAGAAGAGCUGGAUUGAGGAAUUCGAAGAAGAAAAACACCGAUCCAACUUGGAGACCUGGUAGUGAUGCCGAUGAUGCCGAUGAUGCCGAUGAUGCAGAAUUGUCAUGA